UUCAGGCACUUUCUAUAACUCCCCAUCUCCCAAGGAUCAUGUUUAAAUUCGCAGGCAGGAAUUCAAGACCCUUCGUCGCCAGGCACCCAGGAAUUGGCACCUCCUCCGGGAAGCCCUCGGGAGGGAGAGGGCGCCCUCUGCCGGAGCAGGGAAGCCAGCACGCUUCGGGUAUCGCCGUUUGCGCGUCAAUAGAGUCCGCCCCCGUCUCUCGCCCAGGGCUCUCCGCAUCACGUGGUCCCAGCCCCUUUAUAGCUGAGGGUGGAACCCGGGGACCCAAGGUGAGAGCCUCUGGACCGGUGGGGGAUUGCUUGGUGAGGCCUGGGAGCCUGAGUGGAGUGUCUGUCAAACCUGGACCAGUAUCAGGGGUACGGGCGAGGUGAUAGGAAAUGAACCCCAUUCAGUGUCUGCUCUGUGCCGAGUGGUUUAGAGCUGGGCUUUUUGUGGGGGAGAGAACCCCGGCUCUUCCACUUGCAGUACGCGCGCAUCCUUGAGCGAGUCACUUUACCUCUCUGAAUCUCAGUUUCUUCACCUGUGGCUGCCAGCAUGCAGUGAAAUAAUGCACAUGAGUAAGUAAUUAAUAAAUGAUCAUUGUUGUUACUAUAGCCCAUUUAAGCAAACAUCUGAGAGGGGAGGGCCUUAAAGGUGGCUCUAGCUCAACCCUGUUUGGAGACAGGCCUCCCCUCCCUCACCUGGGGCCCCAGGUCCUGCUGGGGUGCUUACAACAGGAGUUACUGCGGGCUGUCUCCCUGGAGGUGCCACCUGUAGGGGAAGCUGCCACCCAGGUUCCCACUGGCCUGGUGUCCUGACUGGGCUGCCGAGUCAGGCCCUCCAUGGUGAAGUCUUUGUCUCCUCACAGGGCCUGCCUUCUGCUUUGGGCCCCAGUAGGCGGACAGACAUGUCUCAGGAGGCGGCUGCAGAGGGCUCCAGCACAGAAGACGCUGUUUUCAGUCCCCUCCACAGCUGUGGGCUUUUCCGGGAGGAUGUGGAAGAAACCGACUCCAUGUCAGGCCUGGUACUAAACCUGCCAGGAGAGAGCUCUGGGGUGCCCAUCUGGGCUGGCAGCAGGAAGAAGGUCUUCAGGGAACAGGCCCAUGGAGGUGCCAGCUCCCAGGCUGUGGGUGCUUGUGGAACCAGCCUGGAGGCCCAGGCCCACCUGAUGGUCCCGGGGCUGCAAGCUGUGAGACAGAGCCAGGACUGGGUACUUGGCCCCAGGCUCCACAACCUGAUGCCCACAGUGCCUGCCCAGGGGAGGGCUCAGGCCCCCAAGAGGCUCCAGAUUUCUCUGCACGACAUCUUAGCUGGAGGUUGGCCCAGGAAUCUUUGUAGCAUUUCUGUGGGGGCAGGAAAGAAAAGCAGGAAGUGUGAGGCCCACUCAGAGGGUGGGGAGGGGGCUGGUGGCAUCUUGCGGCUUGAUCAGAGCCCUGGUGGGGACAAGCCCCAGUCUGUGGGAGGUCCCCCACAAGGUGCUGACAUGGAGUCCGUGGGAGGCCCUUGCAAUCCUCUCUCUUCCAAGGACACUGGGUCUGGGCCUGGAGAUCCAGGUGAAGUUUGGGUGGGAUGUGCCUCAGGGACUAAGAAGUUUGAAUAUUUGCCUACUGCAGGGGCUGGGGCCCAGCCAGGCAGCCCCUGUGACCCUGUCGGGUCCCCACUGCCCAGUGAAGGAGAGUCCCUUCGGCCACCUGCCCGGGAUCCUCCACUGAGCCCUGCACUGUGCCUGGGAGUGUCUGGAAAGGCUUCUACAGAAUGUCAAGAAGCCAAACACAUUGUGGGGGCUGGCGAUGAUCAUGGCCCUGCCACCUCGCACAACCAGGAAGAGCUGGAGGUCAAGGCUCAGCCAGGGUCGGGGUCGAGGCCAGAGCAGGAACUUGCUGCUUCCACUGACAACCCCGCCAGCUCCCAGGAGCCUGCAGCCGGCAAGGCCAGCUCAGGCCCAUCCACGGGGCAGAGAAGUUGCAGGCGUGCUAAAAAGUUGAGAAGGGGCCCAGUGCCCUAUGACCAGGACGAGAGCGCUGACAGAGGCUCAGAGAACUCCAACCAGGACCAGUCAGAGGACCCCAGCCCAGGAGGCUGCCACAGACUGGAGGCAGUGAAAUUGCCCCAUGGGGUGAAGCAUGUGUGUUAUCAGGUUGGUUCUGGCGCGGUGAUCCGCCUCCUGGGGGCCAUCAGCCAUGGCCAGGCUAGGGGGCCGCUGCCUCCAAAGCUGGAGGUUCUGGAGGACAUGAUGGAGGUCAGCUCAGCCUCACCUGCCCAGAGGCCCAGAAAGAAGGAAACGCCAAUGGCCCAGGGCCUUGAGGGGUGCCAGGAUGGGGUCCCCUUUCAGGAGGCCGAUGCUGAGUGUCCUGGGCCACAGUGCGGCCUAGUGGAGGCUAAAGAGGAGGAGCGUGGUAAACAAGACAAGGGAGAGGACUCAGCUCAACUUCAGCCCCAACAGGAGAAGCUGCCCCUGGAUAUUGGGGUACGGGGCACUGUGGUCCGUGCUAUGCAAGAGGUGCUGUGGAGUCGCCUUCGGGAGCUCCCAGACCUGGUGCUGAGUGAGGAGGUUGUGGAGGGCAUCGCUGCUGGCAUCGAGGCAGCCCUCUACGACCUGACACAAGCCACCAAUAGCCGCUACAAGACCAAGUACCGCAGCCUCCUGUUCAACCUCCGAGACCCCAGGAAUCGGGACCUGUUUUUCAAAGUGGCUCACGGAGAUGUCACCCCCCACGACCUGGUGCGGAUGAACUCAGUCCAGCUGGCCCCCCAAGAGCUGGCCCGAUGGCGGGACCAGGAGGAGAAGAGGGGCCUGGAGAUAAUUGAGCAGCUACAGAAGGAGCCGUGCAGCCUCCCGGCCUCCAAACUGACCCACAAGGGGGAAGUCGAGAUCUUGCGGGACAUGGACCAGAUGCUGACCCUGGAGGACCUGGUGGGACCCAUGGUGUCCACAGACAGCAGCCCACUGGCCCUGCCUGCCAUGGCGAAGGACACCGCGGAGCAGCACAAGGACACCACAGAGCAGCACCACUUCCUAGACCCCAGCUGCCACGUCUGCAUGGACUGGAAGCCCUCGUGUAAGAUGCCAGGCUCCUUCAAAGCCACUGGGAGGAUGGGGGACAAUGCCUUCCAGAGAGUCCCAAUCCUAGGCCCUAUGUCCUCUCCAGAGAUGCCCCAGACCAGGGAGAAGCCUCCCACGGAGCCCCAGGACAGGCCCCAGAUGCCUGCUGGGCCUACAGAGGCCCUGCCCAGCCAUUUGCCCUGGGAAGGGUCUCUGGACAUGUUCUCCAUCAAGCAGUUCCGGGUCAAGGCCCAGCUGGUCUCGGGACACAGCUGUCAGCUCAUCCAGGCCCUGCCCCCAGUGAUCCGCUCUGCAGUCUGCAUCCCCUCCAACGCUGUCUGGGACUUUCUGGCCAGCAUCUGCCCAGCCCGGGCCAAGGAUGUCUGCGCGGUCAGACUGUGCCCACAGGGUGCCCGGGACACCCAGAACUUCCACCUGCUCUACUCCUACCUCAACAACAAGCAGCGCCAUGGCCUGGCAGCUGUGGAACAGGUCGGGGUGGUCCUGCUGCCCCUGCCUGCCUUCCAGCCCCUGCCCACAAGGCUGCGACCUCUUGGAGGCCCAGGCCUGGAAGCCACUCACUCAAGCCUGUUGCUGGCCGUGCUGCUCCCCAAGGCAGGGCUUCCAGCCACAGCAGAGUCCAGCCCUUUGUGGGGGAAGGUUCACAAAAUGGUCUCCUUCAACAGAAAAGUGGAGAUGAGAUGCUCCCAGCCAGAAGACUGGGGGCCUGAUGUGGCCCUGAAAGGCUCCCCUCCCCCAAGGGAUCCCCUGAAGCAGAGCCAGGACAAAGGCUGCCUGGCUCCAAGGGGAACUUGUGCUUGGCAGAGGCCCCCCAGAGGCAGAGGGAGACUGUGGGGAGAGUCUGAGUCCUGGCAGGGUCCUGGGCGAGGGCAGUGGCCCCCCAAACCAGGGUGGUGGCAGUCCUGGCAUCCCUAUUCAGCAGCACUGGGCAGCCAUGGUCAGCACCUCCACAGGGCCUCCUGUCCCCAGCAAGCCCUCCUGCAGCACCUUGAAUCCCUGGUAGCCAUGAGCCAUCAGCUCCAAGCCUCAGUGAGGUCCCUAGGCCAGGAGCAACUUCCCCAACCCUCUGUCCCACCUCCUGCAUGCAGUCCCUGGGAUCCUUGGCCUCCUUUGCCAGCCCCGGCAGCUCCAGAGCCCCCUGGCCCAGCCCCUGACUCCUCUUUGGAACCCCCAGUUGGAGAGACCUGACCUUCAUUGCCCACCAGAAGAGGGGCUUUAAUUCCCUCAGCAGUGCUGAACCCUAAGCUGUUCCAGGGAGAGCCACAGGGGCAGAGGAAGGAGAGAGUCAGUUGUUUGAGUUUCCUGUUCUGCAGUUUGUUUAGUGUUGAUUUUCAGUUUAAUAAAGAAUUUGGCAAAGUU